CGGAAGUAAGGCAGGCAGUUUGCAGCUUCUCCUUUUCUGCCUAGUUCUGGGCGCUGGCUCCUUCCCCUCAGUGCCUCAGAGGAGGGGACGCAGCACCAUGCCCCGCCGUGCGGCUCCCAUCCGCCAGAUCUGCUGCUGCUUCAAUGUCAGGAUCGCCACCACUGCCCUGGCCAUCUACCAUGUGGUCAUGAGUGUCCUGCUGUUCACUGAGCAUGUGGUGGAGGUGGCCCAUGGCAAGGCGCCCUGCAGGCUCUCCAGGACGCUCUACCUCCGGAUCGCGGACCUGGUCUCCAGCUUCCUGCUCAUCAGCAUGCUGUUCAUCAUCAGUGUGAGCCUGCUGGUCGGUGUAAUCAAGAACCGGGAGAAGCUCCUGCUACCCUUCCUGUCCCUGCAAAUCAUGGACUUCCUGCUAUGCCUGCUCACCCUGCUGGGCUCCUACAUCGAGCUGCCCGCCUACCUGAAGUUUGCCUCCCGGACGCGGCCUGGCCCCUCCAAGGUCCCCGUGAUGACCCUGCAGCUGCUGGACUUCUUCCUCAGCAUCCUGACCCUCUGCAGCUCCUACAUGGAAGUUCCCACCUAUCUCAACUUCAAGUCCAUGAACCACAUGAAUUACCUCCCGAGCCAGGAGGGCAUGGCCCACAGCCAGUUCGUCAAGAUGAUGCUCAUCUUCUCCAUUGCCUUUAUCAGCGUCCUCAUCCUGAAGGUCUACAUGUUCAAGUGCGUGUGGAGGUGCUACCAAUUCAUGAAGUACAUGAACUUGGCCUCAGAGAGGAGCGACUCCAAGAUUCCCCCCAAGGUGGUCCUGCCAUCCUAUGAAGAAGCCAUCUCUCUGCCCACCAAGUCUCCUGAGGGGGGCCCCGCGCCACCCCCAUACUCAGAAGUGUGACCCUUGCCAGUCCCCAGCCCUGGUGCUGGGAGGGGCGGAGCUGCCUUGGAAUCUGCUUCUUCGCUUUGGGGGCUCCCGUGGCUGGGGUGGCCCACCCGGCUGACUUCAGGACAGUCUGCUUGUGCCCCCUCCCUGCUUGCUCCUUGCUCGGGGCUAUGGGAUGUUCAUGAUUGGAACAACCCUCGAGUUGAAGGUUUCCUUGAGUCUCUCAGAUUCAGCUCAACUCGCUUACUUCCAUUGACAGCUCUUCCUUAGAUGACCGAUCAUUCUAAAUUGAUGAGUUCUGGUUCAACAACCAUUAACCUGAUCGGUUUCACAGAGCAACUGACAAAUCAAAAAGGCAGUCAGUAAAAUACUUUGGCCAAACAA